AUGAUGUUGAGGAGAAAGAAUCAUAACCUUGGACUGAGUGACACCAAGUGGAAGGGGAAAAACUCCAAAUUGCUGAGAGGUUGGUACAAAUUGUACUGGCAGCGUCACAAUAAAGAGGAGAAAAGUGGGGUGGUGUUUGUGUUUCACAAAGAUAUUGACCCAGUUACACAUGUGAGCUUCGUAAGUGAAAGGAUAACUAGAGCAAGGGUGAACUUGGGAAAGAGUAGUUUUACUAUACUCCAAGUAUACACACCUCAGCAAGGGUGCAGUGAGGAAGAGAAAACAAAAUUCCUUGAAGAACUGGAAGACCAAGUAAGAGAGGAUAACUUUAUGAUAACUGGGGAUCUGAAUGCUCAGAUCGGCAUGGACAGAAAUGGAUAUGAAGAGGUGAUGGGCCCUUUUGGAUACGGAAAACGAAAUGUUGAGGGUGAAGAAAUUCUAAAUCUGUGCAUAAGGAAUCCUCUUUUACUGUAG